UCCUGCAGCUGCCAAAGGAGCCUCUGCGCCGUCGGAGGGCGUGCUGCUGGCGGUGGCACGGCGGAGAGGGCUCGCCCCGGCUCUUGGAGGGCGGCAGCAGGAUUUGCCGAUCAGCUGCUGCAAGGUGAUAGUGUAUUUGUGCUGUCUCGUAGUGUUGUUGGAAAGCAGGGGAAAAGAUUGGAGAUGCACCCCUGCUCUUGUUGGGUUAAAGAUUUUUUCCAUACAUACCUGCUGCAUUGCUGUUUUAAUACCAAGCGAUUCAUCAUCUGCUUGAAUCCAAAUGGAAAAGUAUGAGAUCCUUGGGCUGGUGGGAGAAGGAAGCUAUGGAAUGGUGAUGAAAUGCCGGAACAAGGAGAACGGCAGAGUCGUUGCGGUCAAGAAGUUUUUGGAAAGCGAGGAUGACAAAAUGGUUAAAAAAAUCGCCAUGAGAGAAAUCAAGCUUCUCAAGCAAUUAAGGCAUGAGAACUUGGUGAACCUGCUGGAAGUCUGUAAGAAGAAGAAACGAUGGUACCUGGUGUUUGAAUUCGUGGACCACACAGUCCUUGAUGAUCUCGAGAUGUUUCCAAAUGGCCUGGAUUACAAUAGAGUUCGGAAAUACUUAUUUCAGAUUAUAAAGGCGAUAGGAUUUUGCCAUGGUCAUAAUAUCAUACACCGAGAUAUUAAACCUGAGAAUAUAUUGGUCUCCUAUUCUGGAAUUAUCAAACUCUGCGAUUUUGGAUUUGCUCGAACCCUGGCAGCCCCUGGCGAAGCUUACACAGAUUACGUGGCAACGCGAUGGUAUCGUGCUCCCGAGCUGCUGGUUGGAGAUAUCAAAUAUGGCAAGGCUGUUGAUGUGUGGGCCAUUGGCUGCCUGGUAACAGAAAUGCUUACUGGAGAGCCUCUUUUCCCCGGAGACUCGGAUAUUGACCAGUUGUACCAUAUUAUGAAAUGUUUGGGUAACUUGAUCCCAAGGCACCAAGAUUUGUUCUACAAAAACCCUCUUUUUGCUGGAGUGAGGUUGCCUGAAGUCAAGGAACUCGAACCUCUUGAAAAACGAUAUCCCAAACUCUCUGUUGCCGUCAUAGAAUUUGCUAAGCAAUGUCUGCAGACUGAUCCGGACAAAAGGCCAUCCUGUACUGAGCUGUUACAGUGUGAUCUGUUCAACAAAGAUUCCUUCACUGAAAGGUUCGCUCAGGAACUUAAAGCAAAGAUCCAGAAGGAAAGAGACCACCCUUUGCCCAAGAAAUCGAAAAUAAGCAGGAAAGACAAAGAUGAUUCCGGUGACGAAAAGAAAACGCUUGUUAUCCAGGACUUCGGCGUGGAACCCAAGCUGAGAGACUCCAAGCUGUUCAGAAUGAAGUUGUCCAAGGUUGACCCCGAGAAAUUGGACAGAUCUUCAAAUGCGAGUUUCCUGUAUGAGAGUGGAGCUGGGCAGGUCAAGGCGAUUCCUUCAACAACUUUGAAAGAUUCCAGUAGCAGCCUGGAUUAUGUGAAAAAUCCCGGGACGGUGAUCCCUCCCAUUACACAGAAUUAUUCCACCAUAUCCUCCAGCAUCAGUGGAAACCCUGGCUUGGGUUCAAAACUGGGAAUGCAUAAUUACAGGAUUGAUGAGAAGUCUAAAAGAUACCUCAACCCUUUCAUAAAGCAAGGGAAAAAAUCACCAGUGGGACACUAUAGCAUCAACUUGACAGCAUCGGUCUCGAAUGAAAACAACGUGCUUCAGACAAACAAGAAAAGAUGGGAGUUUUCCAAAACAGAUGUACGUUUGCCAGAGCUUAACUACGGCUAUCUCCCCGAACUCAAAGGUGUGGACGCUCGGAAUUCCAGAUUUCUGAAGAAAGAAAACAAAAUGGUUUCCGAGUCUCGCAUGCCGUCUCUCGCCACAAUAGAUCUUCAGAACCCGAGCCUCACCCUGCACCAGGUAUCUGGAAUAUCUCUGCAAGACGCUUCAGAAGCCACUUUCCCCAGAGUAGAGCAUUAACGUCAAGUGAGACGGAAGGGUCUCGAUCCUGCAAGUGUCUGCAGUGCUUCUACACCCCUGUUGCCUUUUGGGAAGUGCGGAAUCCCUUUGAGGAGGAUAUACAUGGGAGCAGGGGUGGGGCGUGUGUUUUCACCACAUUCUAGGUAAUGGCAGCAAAAGGAAACAAAGAUUCCCAGUUUCUUUACAGUUGCCAAGGUGCUACAAGACUACAGCUCCCUUUAAAGUAUAAUGUAUAUAAGACGUCAUGAAUUAUUUCAGUGAGUCUGGGGAAAACGAUACCAGUCAUGGCAGAGUCAGGCUUUUAAGAGUUUUAAGCCCAGUGUCUUUUUCCAGAAGAGGUCUGGGAGCAACGUAGCUAUUUUUUCAGAAUCCUAGUACAAAUGUGAAGCGCUUCAGUACUUGAACGACUCCCUAGAACUCGUUAACACUUUCUCCAGGAAAGAAUCUUUCAUCACAUGCAAAUAUUGUCAAGUGAGACGUGGAAAUGUGUGUUUGUAAACUGCUGAGCAUGAUGUGCUGGGCAGAGGUUUCCUGCCCCAACUCCCUCACGGGUGUCUGCUUUUGUGUUUUGCAAACGUGUGUUUCUUGCUUGGUGGAGCUUUCCAUUCUAUAAUCCCACUGCAUAUACAGUGGUACCUCGACUUACGAAUUUAAUCCGUUCCGAAGGCGCCUUCGUAGGUCGAAAUACUCGUAAGUCGAAAGACGCCAUUGGAAACGCGAUUUCCCAUAGGAAUACAUGGGAAACGGAAAAAUUCGUAAGUCGGAAAAUCCCUUUCUAAAACCACCGCGGUUUCCUUUCGGAUGUCGAGACAUUCGUAAGCGCGCAGCCAUUAUCCCCAUUCGUAAGUCGAAAAAUUUGGUUGUCGAGUCGUUCGUAAGUCGAGGUACCACUGUACAGCAAACUCCCUUUCUGUAUAAUGUGCAGAUCAAAGCCCUAAGAACUCAGUAAUAUUAAAACGGCCUUUGCAAAUUCCUCUUUCAUCUUACGAGAAAUGAAUAUUUCAUACCUGCAGUAUAGCUAUAGUCAUCCGUGAGGCCAAUAGUACAGGAGUAGCUUUGUCAGAAACAGCUUCCAUGAUGCUGCAAUGUUAGGUAAUAUAGUUUUUGCAAUCUCUAAAGGAAAGAAAGCAUUUCAACUGUUGUCAAUGCUGACUUGCGCGUGUGGUGGCUACAAAACAGAUUACCUGUACUUCCAAGCAGUUCUCCUCUGGUCCCCACUAACCAUAAUAAGAUGUGUAUACAGCGUUGCUGCUCAGAUUGUAAGAGUACCUGAAAUCUUCUGUAGCAGUUCUGUAUACGUACAUCUAUGUUUCCUGGUAGGAUUGCAUAGAUUAAACUCAACAAAAACAUCAUAUCACUUCUUGUCGACUUCUUAGAAGUUAUGGAGUUGCCCUUGUUCCUCAUUUCCCCCUUCAUUCAUCCUAGGCUUGUAGCUCAAGCAUGAUGACUAUUUUCUCCUGGCCCUGAUAUUUUUCUUAUGGAUAUUUUUGUGUAAAUUGAAAUAAAUGCCAUUCGUGUGCACACAAUCCAGCCAUAUACAGUGGUACCUCGGUUUAAGUACUCAAUUUGUUCCAGGGAGCCAUUCGCUCCCCGAAAAGUACUUAAACCAAGCACCAUUUCCACGUGUGUGCAGAGCGCUUCUGCACAUGCCUGAACCGCGCAGAUCACCUCUGCUCAUGCGUGUGCUGCGCAGAUCGAUUCUGCACGCACCGCAGAACCCGGACAUAAACACUUCCAGGUCCGCAGAGUACUUAAACCGAAAGUACUCAAACCGGAGUGUUCUCAAACCGAGGUAUGACUGUAGAGGGAAUUGUGCACAUUUCCUGGUCAGUAUGCAUAAUCUUCCAACAUGCCUUUUCUUAAUAGCAGCAUGGGGGUGGGGAGAUAUUUCCAUCAGAAUUGUGAAAGGGGAGGGAAGGUUUAGAACUGGCAUCCCCAAACUUCGGCCCUCCAGAUGUUUUGGAGUACAAUUCCCAUCAUCCCUGACCACUGGUCCUGUUAGCUAGGGAUCAUGGGAGUUGUAGGCCAAAACAUCUGGAGGGCCGCAGUUUGGGGAUGCCUGGUUUAGAAGCUGUGCUGAAAAGAGAGCUGGACUUUCGGGGGGGGGUUAAUAUUUAGCUGGAGCCCCACCCCUCCUUGUUGCUCAGUGGAAGGGUACGAUUGUAAGAGUGUAAGAUUAGACAGGGGGCCAGAUUACACACCAAAUUACACUUCAGGGUGCAGAUUACACACUUCUGAACAAGAGAGGUAGGGUGGAAAGGCAUUUUGUUAUUUAUUAUUAUUAUUUAUUAUUGAAUUUCUAUACCACGCUUCAUCUGAGGAUCACAGCGGCGGUUUACAAUAUAAAAACACAAAAAUAGGUAGCAGUAGCAAGCAAAAAAAAUACCCCCCGCCAUAAUUUUAAAGGCCAUAGAUUGGCUAAGGCCUGGGAGAAGAGGGAUGUUUCUGCCUAGCGCCUAAAGAUAUGUGACGAAGACAACAGCUCAGCGACCUCGGGGAGAGUAUUCCACAAGCGGGGGAGCCACUGCAGAAAAGGCCCGUUCUCAUGUUGCAACCCUCCAGACCUCUCGAGGAGGCACACGAAGGGCCUCAGAGGAUGAUCUCAGGGUCUGGGUAGGUUCAUAUGGGGAGAGGCGAUCCUUGAGGUAUGCCAGGUUUGAGCCUUUUAAGGCUUUAUAGCUCAUGCUUCUUGGAGACCCUGCAUGCUGACUGGAUAAUGUGUUUAUAUUUCAGCGAAUGCGCAAAACGCAUUUGAGAUAUUCACUUCCCCCAAAGCCUGUUAGAGAUUAUGCAUGAUGGCUGAAGAACAUAUGAAAAUUCAGUUGAUUAUACUGUAUGCACAUUUCCCAAGGCCUGUUGGAGAUUAUGUAUUAUUGACCAGGAAAUGUGCAGAGCUCCCCCUUUAUGGCUGGAUUGUGUGCACAUUCUCCUUGAGUUCUGGUGAAUGUAUACCCCCCCCCCGCCCCAUCCCAUCCCAUCCCGGAUAAUGUGAAUUGACAAGAGGCCUUUCUAAAGAGCUUAUCUGAGAAACCUCAUCCAAGAAGUUGGAAAACUCUUGUCUGUAAAUAAUCUGUAUCUGCAAGUGCUUUGCUUUGUAGCUCACCCUUCUUUGCACAUUUGCAAGCUCUGGGCACUGUUGACGUUUUAAGUGUAUAGAUAUGUGACGCUAUAAAGCACUGUGUACAUUGGUGGGACAACACUAACAGAACAUGUAGCAUUUUAUAUCUACAACACAGAUUUAAACUGGUUUGAUAGUGACUCCUUCUCGCCACCAGAUAUUGGGAACUGGAAUUCUUUAGAGAGAAUUCUCAACGCUGUCCACACGCUGCAGUUCCCAGGUUCUUUGGGGGAAGCCAUGACAGCUAAACUGGUAUAAAACCAAUACAUUUUUACAGUACAGAAAUGUCAUUUGUGUUUCCUGUUGGAGUGAUCUGGUCUCCACUUUUAAGAGAAACACAAAAACACGUGGAUCAUAUUGCUAUGCAGUCAAGUCAUCAGGCAAUGCAGAUAAUGAGGGCAGCUUUAAAUGAGCAAGCUGUGUUUUAUUUUCUAAAGCUUCUUGGGAUCUUAAACAUGGAUGCCGCUUGCUCGACUACUUUCAAGGCAGCAAAUUUGGAAAAAUAAAAUCGUACCUCAUUUGUUCUCAGUAUUACAUUGUUAACAGUAUGCUCCCAACUGUUAUAUUGAAAAGAUAGGAUGAAAAUAACAUUUUAAAAUAAUAAACAAGGACUAUCGUGGUGCAGCCAAGUCAUAAACCCAGCUUUCUUAACAUAAUUGCUGCAAAUACCGCCCUGCCUCCUGAUUGGCCGCUCUUGGUAGAAUUGAAACAAAUAUGCUUGGCAGGGGGUUGAACUGGAUGGCCCUUGUGGUCUCUUCCAACUCCAUGAUUCUAUGGCUUGGGUUAGCUGACCGGAAAGCUCAUAUCACCACACAAUAUGUCCCUUGUUCCAUAUUUCUGCUACUUUAUUUUGUCCUCUUAGAGCAGGCAUCCCCAAACUGUGGCCCUCCAGAUGUUUUGGACAACAGUUCCCAUCUUCCCCGACCACUGGUACUGUUAGCUAGGGAUCAUGGGAGUUGUAGGCCAAAACAUCUGGAGGGCCGCAGUUUGGGGGUGCCGGUCUUAGAGUAAUUGUCUCCGUUAACAAAUUCACUUUUCCUUGCAAAUCUUGAACGAUCUACGAAUCUGCAGCAGCAUUUGGUUUUAUAAAGUAACUUUGAUCUCUGUGUCAGUGUCCAUAGGCUUUUCCCACCAAGAACUAUUGUUUUGCUAUAAUGGGCAUUCCUUCAGACGUGACAGGGAAAUUUGAAUAAUGCAUGUCGAGGUUUGUUUAUUAGGCAUAUUGCAAGAAUGGUACCCAGAGUGCCAGCGUGGUUGAUAAUUAUGCUGGUUGAAUGCAAUUGCUUUACCAAAAGUAAGGGUUGCACAAGUUGCAUGUUCAACAUGUGACCAACAUUUUAAUCAACAAUUUGCACUCAUAAGCAAUGCUUUUUUUCCUGGGAAAAAAUGUUUAGGGGUACUCUCAUUUUCCUGCUCAUAUUGAAAUACAGUGGUACCUCGGUUUAUGAACACAAUUGGUUCCGGAAGUCUGUUCAUAAACUGAAGCGUUCAUAAACUGAAGCGAACUUUCCCAUUGAAAGUAAUGGAAAGUGGAUUAAUCCGUUCCAGACAGUCCGCAGAGUACUUAAACUGAAGCGUUCAUAAACUGAAGCAAACUUUCCCAUUGAAAGUAAUGGAAAGUGGAUUAAUCCGUUCCAGAAGGGUCCGCGGAGUACUUAAACUGAAAUGUUCAUAAACUGAAGCAUGGGUGUAAUUGGUUCCGGAAGUCUGUUCAUAAACUGAAGAGUUCAUAAACUGAAGCGAACUUUCCCAUUGAAAGUAAUGGAAAAUGAAUUAAUCCGUUCCAGAUGGGUCCGCGGCGUUCAUAAACCGAAAAUUCAUAAACCGAGGUGUUCAUAAACCGAGGUUCCACUGUACUGCCCCUCAAUGAGGCCAAACUUAGAUUCACAAAAUGUUUAGGGGUAUGCGUACCCCUGCGUACCCCCAGAGAAAAAAACCACUGCUCAUAAGUAUCAGCAGCCCGUUUUUUGGAAGAAAGUGGACUUGGGGGCAAGUCACUCUUAGCCUAGCCUGCUUUGUCAAAAGUGUGGUGAUGUGAAGGUAAGACGAACCCUGCUCAGUGGGUUUAAGCUAAAUGUGAACACAGAACAGCAGCCCAAACCACGAUUGUACAUCAAGACCCUGCCUCUCCUCUCACCCUCCCAAACAGUAGCCAAUAAUAUGGACUAGGGCAGGAAAAUCAAGCAAUUAUGCUGGGUAUAAUUAGAGAUGGGGUUGAAGUAUGAGCAAGGACUCGAGUAUGACAAAGGUUUGGGUCAAUAUUUUAGGAGCUGAAAUAGAAGGGGGAACCAUUGCUCCUGAAUCUCUAAACAUUCCAAGUUAGCAGUGGGCAAGAACAAGUAGGAGAAAUUAAUGGAGUCCAGGGCCGUCUUACCCAUAGGCGCUAGGGGUGCGGGGCACCUGGGCGCCAGGCUCUCAGGGGCGCCAUGCCGAAAGUCCGGGACCCAAGUGAUGAGUCUGGGGAAGACUCAAGAGUUUAGCUCCAUGGUGGGCUCUUUUGCAGGCAGCUCUGCGCCUCAAGCUGAGGCAGCCAGCUAGCUCUGCCCUCCUGCAUGCCUGGGACUGGGCAACAGGGGGGGGGGCAGAUCUUUGUACCCUGGCACCGCCUAUGCUUAAGAUAGCCCUGAUUGAGUCUGUAUGGAAACUACACCUAGGGAAACUAGAAUGAUGAAAAAAUGGGGGCUAAAUAAUGUUUGGGGUGGAUAAAGAGCUGCUGUAGUAGGACUAGGACGACUGAUGCCACAAAAACCCCGUUCAUAUCCCACCUCUGACAUGAACUCGCUAGAUCGUUUGAGGCAAACCACUCAGCUUCCAUCCGCAAUAUGGGGUAAUAAUAAUGAACUACUUAGUAGGAUUGUAACCAGAUUAUUUGUGCAAUGCUAAGAACAAAUAGAGGCAAAUGCUAAGUACUAGCAUGUUUCCUACCUUCUAGGAAGUGUUAUCUUCAGUCCUUCCCCCUUUAACUGACACGAGCUAUUGCCUCUUACUUUGGAAAACAUUUCUCGCUGGUCUAUUAAAAUCGGUGUAUAUUUUUAAAUGCAGUCUCCUAUCACAGGGACGUUUUUAUACUUAAUUUUGUUUCCAGGUUGUUGUUGUUGUUUUUUAAAAUUACUGAUGGCAACAUGCUUUUUACAUGUGCUGGAUGUUUGUUUUUGAUGCUGCCGUUACAGCUUAUAGCUAAUAAAAUCAAUACUAUUUGUGCCAGAAAUACUCUGCCUUCCUUGUGGAGUGGGAGGAAACUUCCUUUGCCAGGUGAAACGUCUGUCAGGAAUUCAUGGUGAAACCUUCAGUAUAUUCUGUUUAACUCCUUUGUGGAUUGUAAGAUGUGCUUAUUCUACACCUGAACCCUCUCCAGGGUGACAAGAAAUAGCAUCAUCUUUAUACAAAUAUAUACCUCUCCCCUCAAAAGUGUUACCACAAAAAUACCAUUUUGAUUUCAAUGCUUGCUUAAUAACCUGUAAUUUCUGAGCGCUGUGGCUUUGCAAUGUUCAGACAUGUACAUCUCAUUCUUGUAAAUAAAAGCCUUAAUCAAA